AUGUUAAAAACUGAAGAUAGUGAGUCGUCUGCCGUUAAGUUUAAAGAAUUUCUAUCCCAAUACUUGUAUUCACCUUUAAAGGUAACAACCGUAGUUCCGAAUCAGGAUACUACUGUAUCUUCCAUAGUGAAGACGCGUGAAAAAAACACGAGGACCACCGUAACAUUAAAAGUUCGUUCUGCUACACCAUAUUGUAAGACAAAAAAUAAUUUUCAGACAAAAGAAAUUCAAAAUAGCGAUCCGCAAAGUUCACUAGUAACUUUAGAUACUGAACUUGGAGUUCUGAGUGUCCCUGAUAUUAUAGAUUUUAAUUUAAAAG